AUGUAGUCCAAUCUAAUGUACCCACUAUAACUUAUCUAAUCUCAUCAAGACAUUUUUUUAUUAACGAUUACGCUAAGAACACCAAAAUAAAAGGUAAGUGCGAUUGGGGGCGAUAAUACGAACGUGAUUUGCUUUAAAAACCUCUGUGAACCAUCACUGAGCCUCUCAGUAGGCACACGACCAUCCAAUAGACACUUUCAGCUACUUUUUUUUUUUACAAAAAAAAAAUAAAAAAUGGUAUACGAUCCAAACUCGACACAUAAAUUGAGUAUAUUCAAUAGACGAUACCGAUGGCAGUUUAUAGCCACUAUGACAGUUCACAUUAUGACUUUGACUCAUGGCAUAGCCGUUGGAUGGCUAUCGCCCUCACUGAGAUUACUGGGAUCCGAAAAUAGUCCAAUUGGUGAUCCCCUAACCAUACAGCAGGCCUCUUGGGUUGGAUCUUUGAUUGGCCUAGGCUCACUGACAGGAAAUUUAGUUUUUGGCUUACUACUUGAUCGUCUGGGUCGCAAAUUUUGUAUGUACUUCUUGGCCAUACCCAAUAUGAUUUAUUGGAUUCUUAUCUAUACGGCCCAAGAUGUGACAUAUCUGUACGCCGGGCGUUUCUUAGCCGGCAUGUCUGGUGGAGGGUGUUACGUUGUUUUACCCAUAUUUAUUGCGGAAAUUGCCGAUAAUAGCGUCCGUGGAGCUCUCUCCUCAAUGGCCAUGAUGUAUGUUAGCAUGGGCAUGAUGGUUGGCUUUGCCUGUGCCUCGUAUCUCUCCUACUAUCUGAUGCCAUGCAUUAUCAUUUGUCUUCCCGUAAUAUAUGCGUUGGCCAUCAUCGGACUAGCUGAGACCCCACAAUACUUGCUGAGACAUGGGCGGGAUGAGCAAGCCAAAAAGUCAUAUUACUUUUACAAGAAUCUAUCAUCAUCAUCGUCCGACACUUCUGAUAAGGAAUCCAACGAGAAUGAUGCAGCUAAAAUUGAAUUUGAGACAUUUCGUCUUCAGGUGCUUGGUGGAGGUAUAACCCAGAAGAUAACGUUAAGAGAUUUCUUUAACCUGCCAACGAUGAAAGUUUUUGGACUGAUAUUUGUGCUAAUCAUUUGCAAUCAGUUAUCGGGCAGUUUUGCAUUAUUCAACUACACGUCGCACAUCUUCAAUGAACUGCAGACAAAAUUGGAUCCGAAUACCUGUACAAUAAUUGUGGGAGCUGCCCAGUUGUUUGGCAUAUCGUGUGCUGUUGGACUCGUGGAUCGCUUGGGUAGACGAGUUCUCCUGCUGACCUCAAUGGGGGGCAUGGGCUUGGGCGAACUAGGAAUUGCUUUCCUUAAAGACUUUGCUUCCCCCGAAUUUCUAUCACAAAAUGAUUGGCUGUCAGUGCUUUUGAUGUGCUUUGUGGCCAUUAUAGCCUCAAUAGGUGUAAUAGCCUUGAUUUUCAUUAUUAUCAUAGAGCUUUUGCCGGCCAAGAUACGCUCUAUUGGUACUUCCCUGAGCAUGGCCACUUUCAGUUCCUUUAUCUUUGUGUCGUUGAAAAUCUACCCCAUCAUGAUCUAUGAUUAUGGCUUAAAUGUUACCAUGUAUAUGUCGGCUGGCUUAUGUUGCUUUGGCUUCAUUGUCUUGGGUCUGUUUCUGCCCGAAACCAAAGGCAAAUUGAUGACGCACUGAGCCAGACAUAUCCGAUAAUUGUUGUUGUCGCUUGGAUGUGUCGUCGUGUGAAACUCAAUGAAGAUGACUUGGCCCUAGGCCAUGCCCAAAAUGCUCAUUGCAUAAGACGCAGUUGCUCACUCACUCACUCACUCACUCACACACUCACUCAUUCGCCUACUUAUUGACUGAAAAUCUCAUCCUGAACUUUUGAACCUAAUUCAAUUUCCAGACGUUUUUGCGGCUUGUAUUGAAUUUAAUGCUUGUCGAUAAAGAGGAAAGGGAAGUAGUAGGGACCUUUUGUUAAAUAGAAAUUUAAUUUUGUUUGGA